GAUCGUGAACGGCCAGGAGUCGACCUCGUGCGAGUGGAAGUGGCAGGCAUGCCUGAAGAACCCGGGCCUUCGCCAGUGCUGGUGCGGAGGCACGCUGAUCAGCGAUACCUGGGUCCUCACCGCGGCCCACUGCACUCAGGAAUUGGGCUUCGAAGUCAUGCUCGGGGACUUCAACCACUACACGACCGGUGAGUCGGGCUACGAGCAGAAGAUUGCAGUGAAGCGGGUCAUAAACCACCCGAACUACGACGACAACACAAUGGAGCACGAUUACUCCUUGAUCGAACUCGCCACGCCGGCUACGAUGAACGACUGCGUUGGCACAGCCUGCCUGCCGACGGACAGCAUGGCGUUGAGUGGCGGGGAGACUUGCUACAUCACAGGCUGGGGCACCAUCACGGAGGGCGGCGAGCAGCCGGACAACCUGCUGGAGGCCAAGGUGAACAUCGUCGGCCACACGACCUGCAACACGAAGUACGGGGGCGGCAUUGACUCCGCCAGCAUGCUGUGCGCUCAGGGCGUCAAAGACGACGGCAGCAUCGUCGACGCGUGCCAGGGCGACAGCGGCGGCCCGCUGGUCUGCGAGAGCGGCGGCACGUGGUACGUCCACGGCGCGACCUCCUGGGGGUACGGGGCGGCGGAGGCCCUGCUGCGGGCGGGCCUCGACAGGGUCGCGGGCGACGAGGGGAUGCUGCUGGAGCGCACGGCGCUCGAGAAGCAGGGCGGUAUCGGCCUCAGCGGGGGGGGCGACGGCGAGGUGGUCGGCCUCAGCAGCAGUGGCGAUGGCAAUGCGCAGAUGCUGGAGCUCGCGCAAAGGCUGGCACAACUUCAGACUCAGACCACCGUGGCUCACAAGAUGCUCGGCCCCAUCGCGAGGGAUGGUGUCGUGGAUGAGAGGCCGGAGCUUGAGCAGAUGCCAGCGCCACUCCCACCAUUCCUUGGGCUGACUAGCGACCACACGGACGAAGCCUCGACGCGCACUGACGGCCAGAACGGGACCAUCUCAGGGAACGGGGUCGGUGCUGGAACGAUAGGGUGCUGGGCUGAUGGCCUCGACGUGUGCUGGCAGCUGGUCUUGGAGCAGGGCCAGGAGCACGGUGGACGCGGCCAUGGAGUCGGCAUCGCGUAA